CUGACAUUUCAAUCCUCAAAUCUUAAAUUAAUGUAUUGAAUGAAAUGAUAUUCAAUCUUCCUGCUGUUUGUUUUCUCUGAGGUAGCUGAUUUUUAUACUUGUGUUUGGACAGAACGAGAGAGCCAUGACAGCAGGGAUAUUAGACACAAUUCCAACGAAGGAUGAUUAUUAUUAUGAUGAUAGCAAAACCCCUCCAACUCAGUCCUCAUUUGGCCAACCACCGGAUACAUCAGCCAGUUCACAAGGGGACUACAUACUCCUUGUGGUCAAUGUGGUCAUCUUACUGCUGGGGGUUUGUGGGAAUGGGGUGGUCAUCUGGAUAGCUGGUCUCAAGGUGAAAAAGACGGUCAACACCACCUGGUACCUCAGCCUGGCCAUCUCCGACUUCAUAUUCUGUGCCUGUCUCCCCUUCAACAUAAUCUACAUGGUAACAAAGGAGUGGAUCUUAGGGCACUUCAUGUGCAAGUUCACCUCUUUUGUGAUGUUCCUCAACAUGUUCAGUAGCAUCUUCCUCCUGGUCGUCAUCAGUGUUGACCGUUAUCUACUUGUCGUAUUCCCAGUUUGGGCCCAGAACCAGCGAACCGUGAGGAGGGCCUCUGCAGUUGUGGUUCUUGCCUGGGCCGUCUCUGUUGCACUGAGCAUUCCCUCCACAGUGUUUCGUCAGGUAACCACAGAUGGCAUAAAGUGCUUUAAUUAUUACCCACACCCAAACAGUCACAUAACUGUAGCUGUCAGUCGAUUUAUCAGUGGCUUUGUGCUCCCGCUCCUCAUCAUCAUCUUCUGCUACUCUGUCCUCAUCCUGCGACUGAGGACCAACAGGAUGACCAGGUCCUCCAAACCCUUCAGAGUCCUGACUGCACUGAUAGCCAUGUUUUUCAUCAGCUGGCUUCCAUACCACGUCUUCAUCCUUCUGGAACUUAAAGCCCACGAUCAAACUUCUCUAACUGUUAGUCAUGAAGGGCUAAAUAUAUCUGUGACUCUGGCUAGUGCAAACAGUUGCCUGAACCCAUUUCUGUAUGCAUUCAUGGGCAAAGACUUCAAGCGGAAAUGCUGGAACUCUUUCCUUUCUAAGAUUGAAAAUGCUUUUGAUGAGGAGGAACGCUCUUCAAGGAGUAGAGGGACCUCUUUCUCCCAGGCUGAUUCAAAAGUUUAUACAAAUGUCUGAUUGCCUUUCAACAAAUAUUGUAAAACAGGGCAAACUUAUGCCCCUUUUAAGUAUAUUUUAUAUAUUUCCAAUACAAUAACCCAUUAAGUUCACAUAUUAAGGUCCAUAGUUGUGACAAUAUAAUAUUUGCUCUGUCUUAGCCAACUGUUAUGCAAACUAUGCAAAUGUUUUAACCCUGAGGAAACAACUAAUUUCAAGUUAUUUCCUGUAACACCCACUCAAUUGUGGUAACGGUAUUGUUCAAAUGUAGUUGAAUGUAAUUUUUAUCACCAUUCAAGUAAAAUAAGCAACAAUAUUGUACUGUAUUGUUCUGCAUUUCCUGCCAUGCAUCACCAAUCUUUUGGUUGACAGGUUUUUGUGUAAUCAGAUUUGUACCAUGAAAUGUAAUUCAGCCCACCGUGCCAACAUUCAUCUGUCAGGUCAUCUGCUGUGACACUGAAAGGUCAAGUGUAAUUACAUAUCCUAUAGAGGAGCUGAGAAUCUUAUUGAAGAGCCCUGUGUUUAUACUUCACAAAACCGCUGUUUGUCAACAAUUAUUUUGGAUGAACGUGAAGCCUUUGGAACUUCAUACUGUACUAAUAUCUCUUACAAAUUGUGAAAUAGCUUUUUUCACAUGUUAAGCUCAAACUUUCUCAUGUGAAUCCAUAUGUUCACAUGUAUUACAUUUAGAGAUAACAAGUUAACACCACCUUUCACAUGUGAGGAGAAUAACGUGUUUUCUCCUCCCAUGAAUUGCAAGUUUACAUGUAAAAAACAUUCACAUUUGCAGUUACACAUGUAAGAAUCAUUCACAUUGUGUAAUUGCAAGGUCACAUAUGGGGCUGAAAUAGUGUUAUUCCCCUCCCAUGUGAAACAGUGGUGUUCACAUGUUGCAGUAGCAAUUUUUCCACAUGGGGAAUUGCAAAUUAUGUAAUGCCAUUCUACUUUAAUUAAGUAAUAAUUAAAGUGCAUAAAAAUGAAUUAUGGUGCCAUCCACUUCAUUUGUUUUCCUCCAUGGUGUUGCAUUGAUACAUGUAUAUUUAGUACUACCACGAGGAGGAGGCAUUCGGAGUGUUUCUGCUGCAGGCGCACGCUCUAUUCAUACGUUGGUCCGUGGCUGUUGGAAGUAGUCCGGUGAAAAGAACCGAGAAGCUAGUUAGCUAGCAGUGUCUCCUUAUUUUUAAUAUCCUGUGUUCCGGUUUGUAUGCAUGGUUACGUUUUCAAAAUCUAGAGAGAAAAUGUUUAACUGAACUGUAAUGAGUUUUUGGGUCAUUUUGAUGUAUCAUUUAAUUGUUUUGACCAAUUGGAAAACAAGUGAGAUUUUUUUCCAUGAACAUGAGCGUAGCGAAGCUAAAUAACUAGCUAGCUAAAUCACUUUUGUAUGCAAGUCAAUGGUAACAUGUUGGCAUCUCAGAUGAUUUAAAAAAAUAUAUUUGAUACUUUUCAGAUCUCUUAAAUUGUAAAAAUGUUCACAAACAAGGGCUCAUAUUGAGGGUAUUUGCAUGUGUACAUAUGAACCACGCUAAUUAUAUGUAUUUUAGAAUGUCAUUU